AUGCUCAUCUAUUAUGUCUGCAUUGCACUCCUUGCUCAUUCGGCUGAUGUCUCGGCGCAACACGAUGCAAGUCAAUCUCUUCCAAUACGAGGAGCGAAUGGCCGAGGAGAAGCGGAAGAAGAAGGAGGAAAAGAAGCUCAAAAAGGAGUCGCGAUUUUCGAAACUCAAGGCUACAUCUCGACGCUGGCUGGGGCUUUGAGCGGGGUUAUAACGCCGCUUUGGUGCGAAAUCGACUCCCCGGCAAAACUUCACGACGCAAAUUUCCUCCACAUUGGCGAAAAUCGCCUUCACCCCGGCUUCAUCAACGGCUCCAAGGCCUUCCUCGACUUCCCCAACGCCACUAGUAAUCAGCUCGGGGAGUACAAGUGCAUCCUGAUUGACGACAACAAUACACGCUUUGAGGCUACGCAACAGAUUUACGCUAAGCCAUUUUUCUACGUUCAACACAUGGACAACAUUACUGAGAUACCGGAAGAGCCCACUAAGUUUAAAUGGACGCAGACACUACCGAUUAUUUUGACAAAACCUCUGGAGUUGAUUUGCCCGUCUUAUGGCUAUCCGCCGCCGAAGCAUACAUGGUACAAAAGCGGCUUGAAACUAGCCCUUCCAAGUCCUCAUCAUUUCAAUUUGUCGAAAGAUGGCCGGAUUCUGACGAUUUUGAAGGCAAAUCGCUACGACUACGGUGGCUACGCAUGCACGGCCACGAAUUCAUUCCGUAUAGGUCCAAAUGAUCCAAUGAUCAGCUACAGUAUCACAAUGGAAUUUUACGCUACAACCUUGGUCGAGAGUGGGUACGAAUGGUACAUCAUUGCGUUUGCCGCUGUCGUCGUUGCGUAUGUUGGUGUAAAGCAGAGUUGCUUCAUCCCGAAAGCUCGCUGGGAAGAGGCCGGAAAUUGGUGGAAGCAGCUGCCGCGCCGUUUUUGCAAGGUUGAGCGUCGAGGGGAGGAGCGACGCAUCAGUUCUGUCCACUACCGCCCGGUCCACCAUCACAGUGCUCCCCAACUUCCCACCGAGAGCCUC